UGUAAGUAAUGUGAAAUAUAUGUCGGCAUUGUUCUUUUUAAAACAUGUAUUUAUAUUAAGAAUGAAAAAUAAACGCUCCUAUAUGACCUUGACCUGAUCCAACAACACAAGAGCUAUCGAAAUAUCGACAUUUUCAUCAAGUAGGACAGCAGUACCGUCAACUGCGUUGUGAUGGCAGGGGUUACGUUAUGUUGUCGGUGUAUUCACCCAAUAAGAAAUCUAGUUAUUGGGAAACUUGGACAUUUGGGCAUGAAUCUAACUGCCAUAAAGGUUGUUCAGGAUGUACCGAGGCGAAAGAUUACCAUGGACCAUUAUAAAUUCAAAGGUGAUAUUGGAGGUGGGAGGGUUCGAGAUGGAGGCUUGGUUGAUUGUCCAAAAUGUGGGUCAACACUGGAAUAUUUAGAUGCAGAUAGAACAUUUGUACGGUGUGUUUCAACAACUUGUAACAGCAUGUUCACAGAUGGACCUGACUUACAUGAAAAUAUACCAGAAGACACAAAACCUCCAACACCGCGAAUGAUACAUGAAUACUUAAACAAAUAUGUGACAGGACAGCAUAGAGCCAAGAAAGUGUUAGCUACCCAAACUUACAAUCACUACACGAGGAUUAAGCAUUGCCAGGCCCAGAAAGCCAAGUCUGCUCCAGUACAGCCAUUCAUGGAUUGUUAUAACAUUGAUGCUCAAGGUUCUUUGGGCAAAUUAAACCGACCUGAUGCCCUAUUGGCCGUGUCUGGCUCGCCGAUGCUGAACAGACAGUCAGCGCCUCUGCCAGCCAAGUCUAUGACGCAGCUACAACCCACAAUACUUGGGGACGACGAAGAGUCUGUACAGCUCGAUAAAAGUAACAUUCUUUUACUUGGACCAACAGGAGUAGGGAAAACCUUGCUGAGCUCCAAGUUGGCCGAGUUUCUAGGAGUGCCGUUUGCAGUGGGUGACUGUACUACUUUGACGUCUGCCGGUUAUGUUGGGGAAGAUGUAGAAGGCGUCUUAUCAAGGCUUUUACUGAAUGCCAAUAACGAUGUGGAAAAGUGUGAAACAGGUAUUAUAUUCCUGGACGAGAUUGACAAGAUCAAGGUGCCUAAAUACAACAUUGGACGAGAUGUCGGUGGAGAAGGCGUCCAGCAAGCCUUCCUCAAAACUCUCGAGGGAACCACCACUACUGUAUCUCUGAAGAACAAGAAGAACGAGCUCAUCCAAAUAAACACUAAAAACAUUCUCUUCAUCGCAUCGGGAGCGUUUAUGGGUUUAGACAAAAUCAUUCAGGCUCGGAUAUCAGACAAGGACUUUGGAUUUGGAGCACGCUUCAAUCAAAAAGACGAAGAAAAUGAAAUUGAUAACAAAGAGGGCUUAGAUGAAGAGAGUGCUCAGCUUGAUUCCAUCUUAGAAAAAGUGGAAGCUGUGGACUUGAUGAAGUUUGGAAUGAUUCCAGAAUUGUGUGGUCGUAUUCCUAUACUGGUAUCUCUACACUCUUUAGGUGUUUACAGUCUUGUUAAAAUUCUCACAGAGCCAGUGGAUGCACCAGUCCGACAGUAUAAGAAAAUAUUUGCUGAAAGUGAUACGGAGAUAGAAUUUGAAGAAGGAGCUCUUCGUGCAGUAGCAGAAAUUGCAAUGAAAAAGAAAACAGGGGCUCGUGGUCUUAGGGCAGUACUGGACAAUCUACUAUUAACGGCAAUGUAUGAUGUACCAGGGUCCAAAAUAGUGAAGGUGACCUUAACGGAGGAUUGUGUAAGAAACGGGACUCCUGUUGUUUAUACCAUGGCAGAGGAGGAAGAGGAAUGUGUACGAGUUAACACUACUGCGUAGUGGGUAAUCUAUUUAACAUACCGGUAGACUGCAUAGGGUGGUUAGCUAGCUUGUUUGAUAUCAAGUUGGUCCAAACACAGUGGUUAGCUAUAACUAGCUUAUCUGAUCUCGUUAAAAUAUAUAUGAUAACUAUCUGAACUUUCGUUUUCAAUUUAGCUAGUUUUCAUAUCGGACAGAAUGUCCAUUUCGAUGAGAUCAUAGCCAAAGUUUCAUAUUUCCACGCAUGUGUCAUGCAUAUUUUCCAUACUUUAUAAACAAGAGCAUAUCUGAAGUGCAGAAAAACCUGCAGAGAUAUUUCAAGCAUACAAAAAUGAUGGCCGCAUCGUUUAUAUAAUUCUUUUAUGAGUGUUAUAACUCUUGUCAGAAAUUGAAAGUCAGGUUUAUAACUGUGAUGGGUUGUCUGUAAUAUUUAAUUGUAGUAGUACACAGUUGUGUCAUGUCAGAAUGACACAGGAUGGUGUAGAUAUAGCCCUGGCUGACAUUGAUACGAUCAUAUCAAUGUCAUUUCCCUAAACAGAUGGAAUUGUACUUAUCGUAGUUACAAAAUGCUUUAAAGUAAUCCCUGGACAAAUUCUUCUGUUCAACAAUCGUACAUUGUAUUUUUCGUUAAAUUUCAUAAUCUUGGACAUAACAAAAAUAGAGACUUGAUCAAAGGUUGAGGUCUUAAGGUCAAAGUUUAAUUUCUUGUUAAUCUUUUAAUCUAUUUUUAUUACCCAAUACACUGUAGUUGUAACAACGCAAGUUAUAAGAAAUGGCUGCCUAGUCUAAUGUUCAGAUGACAAUAGCCAGUCUGAUGACAAAGAUUUAAAGUCAGUGGAAUGUUUCAGAGAUUCCUAAAAUAAGAUUGUCAAUGUUGAUUUUGUAAAAAAAAAAAAAAAAAGGUAUUAAUAAUAAUGAUAAUGUAGGAUAUGAUAGUUAAAAAACAGUUUCAUAUUUUUUAAAAUGUGAUAUUUUGUUAUCGAUUGUGAAUUAACUUGUUACGAUGGUAUGUAAGAUUUGUGUGAAUGUGAUUUUAUAUUAAGUUGUAAGCCUGAUCUGUCAGUGGAGUUACGAAACAUAAAUGAUGGUUUGUAUAUUUGAAAUUGACAUUCUGUUGCUAAAACAGCUUGAUUUCAUUACAUGUACGUUCCUUUUUCAAAAUUGAACUUGUGUUUUUAUGUAAAACAUUUAUAACCAUAAUCAAUUUUAUAAAAUAUUUAACUUAUUCAAUGUCAUUCAUGUGUUAAAGUGGAAAUUUACGCGAGGGGAAAUUUACACCAAUUACGCGUAGUCCUUUUGAUCGUGAAAAUUUCCCCCACCCAUAUUUUUUGGAUACCAAUUGGCAUAAGUUCGAACUACAAAUGGGUGGAUCGAUCACGAGAAUUAACCUCAUGCGUAUAACUUGCAUAUCGAAAUAGCGAAAUUAACCCCCCACAAAAAUAACCACUUUUACAGUAUUUGGAUAAUGAAUUUGUCCAGUGUAAGAAAUGGAUGUACAGGCUAGCCCUAAUUUCAACAAUAUUCCUUAUCUUAUGUUAUCCAUCAUAAAGCAUUAUAGAACUUAAGAAAACUUCUUAACUAAGAUUUUUUUCCCUUAAAUCUAUUAAUGUAUAGAUAUGGAAAAUAUUCAAAUUAAGGAAUGUUGAUGAAACUGACAUCUUGUUGUGAGUUUCCUAACCAAUUGCACAUGCGUGAUAUCAGCGUGCUUGUGCUUGAAAAUUGCCAACAACAUAAAAUUUUAAAAUGAUAAAACAGAAAUACCUAAGUGAGAAAGAUUUAAUCUUGAUGACCAGUUAUAUGUAGUUGAUGUCCAAAAACUUGAAGUUUAUAUUCAGAUUUUUAACAAGUCAAAGGGCUUUUCGAGGUUUCUGAGUAACAUCUAAGAGUGAAAAUAAAAUUAUAGUUUCAUACCAAAAUAAAAAAUAUCGCAACCUCAGAACUUCUAAUUCAUAUAUACAGUAAAAUCUUCAGCAAAUCUUAAUCUGUAUCCAAUUAAAAGAAACUUGGGUGGAAUUUCACUUAGUCUAAAAGAAUAUGUAAAACAGGUACAUUUAAUAGAUGAUUUAUGACUGUAUUCGUGGCAAGAAUUGCCUUUCAAACACUAUUAGCAUAACUUGUGUUGUACCAUUUAGAAUGAUUUCAUGAAUAAAUUUUUGUUAAGUUACAGGAAGUUUAUGUGUGAUGUACAUUUGUAAGUUGCCGUGUGACAUAUGUUUUGGUAGUUUGCAUGUAUCGAUGGAUGCGAGUCUCAACCAGUGUGUAUUAUUUUCUUCAAACAUGAACAUUGCAGCAACAGUAUUAUUAUUAAGAACGAUAUUAUUUAUAACACAAACUAUUUCCCUUGGAUGUACAUGAUAUGAUUGCAGAGGUGAUAUGAUUGCUUCUUAAUUUUUUAUGUCAUAUUCUUAUAUUGUUGGACAGUUACAAUUGAUUGUCGAAUAUAAAAACUAAAAAUUAAUUUGCAAGAUACAAUUUACAAUCUUAAGUAAUUUUCAGUACUGAACCGACAAAGGCAACACAAUUUUGAGUAGCUUAUAGAAAUAAUUAAAUGGUAUCACAUUUAACUGGUAUUUGAUAGGCCGAUGAAUAGUCCAUUGAGUUUAGCCUAACAUUUAAUUUAGUAUAUAUAUAUCAAAAACCUAACACCACAAAUUCUUAGUAUGACCUCUCACCUAUGAUAAAGUAUUUCUUUACUGUUUUCUACAAUUUCCUGUUUACAUUUAUAACAUUUGUGCACCAGACGUUUGAAAGUUCUAGACUUGCAAAUUUAAAAAUUUACAACAAAUUUGAUUGGUUAAUCUUUUCAGGAAGGCCAUUUGAUUGGCCGUCAUUGAGCAUUAAUGACGUAUAGAGUGUAUGCUAUUGGAUGUGAGAUAUACCACGUGCCUUUGUUACUGUGUAGCGUUACAUGUUAACUUAUUUUGUCUCCAGUAAUGUCUAAAAUAUUACAUUAUUUUCUUUGAAUGACUAAUUUUCUACCUUUUUAUAUAAUUAUGACAAAUUAAUACAUUACAUGUUUGAUGGUAAAUCUACAUUUUCAUCAAUUUCAGAUGAAUUGGAUUUCCACAAAAAGAUUUAAGUUGAUGCAAUAUUUGUAUAAUGUUGAUUCUUCUGAUGUGUAAUGUUAUUUUUGUGUUGGCUUGGUUUGUUUUGUGUAGUUGAUCACCUUUUCCACGGAAAAAAAAAAGUUGUCAAAAUAUUUGUGGAUAUAGCUUGACAAUCUACAAUUUACAUUCGACCUGUUACAUAUCAUGGGGAAAGCGUUCUACUCGGACUUACUGAGAAUUUAGAUGACUUUCUAUCAAUUGGUUUAUUGUUUUGUUUACUUGUUAAAAGUACAACAUUAUCCUACCAGGAAAUACUGAACCUGUAUAUUUCACAAUAGAGUUUCCUCUGGCCCUGACACCAUGUCUGGUGUAGGCCCCCGAUUUUUCUCUGGCCCUGAUACCAUGUCAGGUGUAGGGUCCCUACACCAGACAUGGUGUCAGGGCCAGAGGAAACUUGGGCUUAUAUCACUAUAGGUAGUUAUGGGUGACAUUGAUUUUCAUUUGGACGACUCUGAUUCUAAAUUAGACAGACACAGUCUGACGGAAUAAAGGUUCUAAUGUUAUAUCACAAUUGCUAUCAUUGCUGCAUAAUAGAUUCAUACUUAUAUUGAUUUAGAGGUAUAGAACAUGUGCCUGAUGUUGAGGUGUAUAUACAACAUAGCCCUCGUUUCUAUGUUUGUGUAUUAUAUAAGUCACUAUAUCUUGGCCCCAAAAUUUCCCCUAGAACUACAGAUAUAUUCAGAAUUAUUUACCCAUAUAACAAGUUAUGUGUAGCAAGAUUCAUAAUUUUGUAUUUUUUUUUUUUUUUUUUUUAUAAUUAAUGACUCACAAAACAAUAAUUUUCAGUGGAAUGCAUUGAUCAUAAAUGCCAAUUGAUAUUUAAUAUAUAGAAUUCAAUCGAAUCACAUACAAUUUUACUGUUAACACAAUUUAGUAUUUGUGUCUAUAUAUAUAGUUACUUAAAAGGCAUUACCGGGUAAGUAGGAAAAACUGACUAGGCCUAAAAGCAGAGAGUUGACUUUGUUUAUAUCUAGCCAGUACAAAUUGACCAAUUUGGUCUCCCGCGAAUAAAAUGUGGAAUAACUAUCUUUUUCUUUCAUCGUUGGCGCCCAUUCCAACAUUUUAGAUUGAGGAGUUUUAAUUUAUAUACAGUAUAUUAUACAUUGUAGCUAAGUUUUCGGAGUAUAUGUAAGGUACAGUACUGUUGGUACUGGGGCAAACCAAAUUUGGCAUUUAGUUAGAUCAUAUGUUGUACAACUACGGUUAGAACACAAAAUCUGGAUUGCUUUUAUACAUUUUUUAUGUGAAAACAUGAAAUUUGGGUUAAGAUAAUUUUUGUGACCUCUUUUUUUUUAGAGUAAUGAUUUAAUUUCCUAAAUGUUACAUGUAACAUGCUUUAGGACAGUCAUUCUAGAGAGCCGAAGUGCAGACUAGGAAAAACAGAAUUCUGCCUUAAAUUGUCACAGAUAUUAAAACCACUUAAUGCAAAGGACAGUGGCAGGUAGAUAUAGAUGUAUAUCUACAAUGCACAAGGAUUGCUAACUGGUAAACAAUCACUCAAAAGUGUGACAUCACUUAGAAAAUAUAAAAUGGCAUUAAAAUCAAUGACAAUUUUAUUUUUUUUUCAUAAUCACAAUUAUAGCGUAAUAUUUGUUUUGGAUUUGUUGAUUAUAAGAAUCUCAAAGAAAUAUUGUGACGUAAUAACAUCCAAGGCUCGACCUUGAUGAAAUCUGCGUUGUUUUUAUUUUUUGUUGCGAUUACAUUUCCACGAAAUAUGACCUAGUUUGUGAUCCUCUAUAAUGAACACAUCAAAAGAUCUAUUUUUAACCAUCAUAUUUUAUUUUGCAAUCAAUAGAUCACUUACCCAAUGACUAUAGUUCCCUAACUUUCGUUGAUUUAUUUCACUGGAUGUCGUAUACUAAUUUGGUAGCCGAUUUUCCCUGAAAAUACUGCAUUACUCCGAUACAAAUUGUGAUCACAUGCCAACUCAUUUAUGUCUAAUACUAUAUAUAUGCUAGCUAACUGUUAAUGUUGUAAAUGUUAAGAUUUUUUUUAUAUUAUUAAUUUUGAACUUGCUAUGGUGGCAUGAAAUUAUAAAUGUAGUCCUUUGGUUUGAGAGAGUACAUGGGUGAAUCCUUGACUGUAUGUAUGGUGUGAAGGGUAUAGUGUGUAUUAUUGUCGUGUAUGGACCGUAUUCUCGGGAAUGUGGAGUGUUAUUAUUUCUGUAUACAUGCAACGAGUGUUGUAUACAUUAUAUAGCAUUGCUAUUUUGUAAAUAAACAAUAAAGUGAGCACAUUUUAUCAUGAAAACAAACAAAGCUGUUAUACUCUU